AUGGACGUAAAACACUACAAUACAGUGCGACUGCAACAAAAUCGUACUGUAAAUGCCAACGGUGAGACGAAACGACAACGGACCUCAUACACCCGCUACCAGACGUUAGAAUUAGAGAAAGAAUUCCAUUUUAAUCGUUACCUGACCCGCCGAAGACGCAUCGAAAUUGCGCACGCACUCUGCCUCACCGAACGACAGAUCAAAAUCUGGUUCCAAAAUCGACGAAUGAAAUGGAAAAAGGAGCACAAAAUGGCUUCCAUGAAUAUCAGACUCAAUCAGUUGUAUCAGGAACCAUAUCAGGCGGCGGCAGCGGCUAGUGUAGCAGCUGGCGGCUAUCAGACACAGAACGCACAAGACGCCGGCAUGCCGCUGGGCGGUGGUGCCGGUGUAGGUGUUGGUGUGGGAGUCGGUGCGGGCGGCGGAAAUUCGCUGGAACAUCAACAGCAAUUGCAACACCAACAGGAGCAUCAGCUACAUCUACAACAAGAACAAUACCAACAACCACAACAUCUACAACAACACCUGCCAAACCAUCAAAGCCAUCUUGGUUUCCAGUUAGAACGUAUUUCGGAGUUGCCACUCUGUCAAGAGAAGGAUUUGUGUGAAGACACAGAGUCGACUGAACUGGAGCUCAAGAAUGAAAUCGUUAGUGGUUGUAACAUGUUUUGUUGCUGA